AUGGUUUACACAAUCGUCGUCCACCUCCGCGCUAAGUCGGAUGAGGAGUCCAUCUCCAAGCUCAAGGCCAAGCUUGUGGAGGCUUCUAACGUUUACUCCAACGACAAGGAGACCAUCUCAUGGUUCGUCAUGCAGUCUGUCUUUGAUAAGCAGGACUUCACCAUCGUCGAGCGUUACGAGAAGGAGACAUCUCAAGAGUAUCACCUCAACAACCCAUACUGGAAGACCUUCGACCCUUACGUGAUUCCCUUGCUGGAGAAGGAUAUGGACAUGCACCGCUUGGAAGAGUUGGAGGGCUCUACUAUGUAG